GAAAUGUUUGUGGUUGGACCACAGGCCAACCUUGAUAAAAUCCCUCAGCUCCACACAUCAAAUGCUUCUAUAGAAAUUGAUCUUAUUGGGAUUGCCAAUUUGAAUUCAGGAUCAGCUGCUGUGGCUUUCAUGAGCUACAACACAAUGGAGGACUUACUGAAACCAGACUUCUUCAACACAUCAGAUAACACAGUUAAAACCAUGAUGUCCACUGUCAUCUCAGCUACUCUUCCUAAAACCACCAACACCACCCUCACCAAACCAGUCAACUUCACCCUCAAACACAUCAGAGAGUUAAACAACAGUGGUAAUCUUUCCUGUGUGUACUGGAACGUCACUGAGUGGAUUGUAGAUGGUUGUUCUGUUGUAAAGACCAACAGCAGCUUCACUGUGUGUUCGUGUGAUCAUCUGUCAACAUUCGCUCUUAUCAUGCAAACCAGCAGCAGAACAUCAGAGGAUAAUAGUCAGCCGAUGGAGUCGAUGAAUGUGGUGUUUGUGAUCGUGGGUCUGGUGUUGACUAGUUUGGCUCUGUUGACUUUUGCUUUCUGUCGAUGGAAACCUGGAGUGAACAAUGUAGCUCGAAUCAACCUCUGCAUCAGUCUGCUGUCUGCUCAUCUUCUGUUCUUACUCACACAACAAUUCAUCAAUCUCAUAAAACCUCACAAGGAGUUGUGUGCUGUGAUAUCAGGAGCUCUUCACUUCUUCUUUCUCUCCUGCUUUGUGUGGAUGUUCAUUGAAGCUGUGCUGCUCUUCAUCUGUGUGAAGAACAUAUCACAGAUCAGCUCCAGACAGAGGGCGAUGCUUAACAAGGGAUUCUUGAUUGUGAUUGGUUAUGCGAUUGAUUUUGUUAUAGUAGGCGUGUCUGCUGGACUGGUUCCUGAAGGCUAUGGCAGUGAUAAAUGCUGGAUUAAAGAGGAAAGAGGCUUCGUCUGGAGUUUUCUGGGACCUGUUUACUUCAUUCUUGCAAUAAACAUGAUUCUCUUCAUCAGUAUCAUCAUCAGUCUGAACUUAACUCUCAAAAACCUCAACCUUGAUGUUUCACACAGGAGACAAACCAAGAUUACAUUUUUUAAAACUCUGGCCCAGUUUAUGAUUUUUGGUUGUCCCUGGAUUCUGGGUAUCUUCAUUAAUAACAGUAAGAUGAUGGAGAUUCUCUUCCUGAUCCUGAACUCACAGCAAGGAACCUUCAUCUUCCUGGUCUACUGUGUCCUCAAUAAUGAGGUCAGACAACAGUAUUUGAAGUGGAUGAGAGCUGUUUUUCCCGGACUCGAACCAAAUACCUUAUAAGAUGCCCUCCCACCCAAAAAAAAUGAGGGCCAGAUAAUUCAUGUUUAGUAAAUUGUAAGCCCAUACAAGAGCUGUUAUUAUAAAACUGAUUGUAUUCAUUACAGUUAAAUAUAAAUACAUAUAAAUGUUUAUGUAGUCAUAGUCUUAUUUUCUGUAAAUGUUAUUGAUCAACAUUCCAUACUUUGUACAAUAAUACAAAAAUACAGCUUUAAUGUAAAUACAAUAUAAUCUCAGCUUUUGCUGCAAUAGAAACCACAGGUGUGUUUCACUUAAUGUGGCACUGAGCAGUUGCUACAGCAUUUAAAAAGCUUUGUUGCUUUGUUGUUUUUGUUGUUAAAAUGUGCAACCUUACAGCAGAAAUAAAUAUUUUUAC